GAUUUGUGUGCCGCAGGACUAUUAAAACGGUAGCAGGGUGGUGAACAGACAACACAAUCAUUCCUGAUCUCAGUGAGUUCACAUCGCUCGAUAUACGUACAAUAUUCAUUUUUCGUAACGGAAACGGAUUCGGAGUGAAGACUAAAAAAUUAUUGAAAAAAAACAUUUUGUGAAAAAUCAAAGAGAAUACUAUCUCAAGCAUUAGAAAGCAAUUGCUAAGUGAAAAAUAUAGAUUUCUUUAACCACACCCGUGCCUAAAAACAUCGUCAAAAUUACGCCCCACAUCGGUAUGCAAAUGUCGGAGGGUUCGCCAGAUAUGAUGGAUCAAAAAUACAACAGCGUUCGGCUGUCUCCAGCAGCAUCGAGUCGCAUAUUGUACCAUGUGCCGUGCAAAGUUUGCCGGGAUCAUAGUUCCGGUAAACAUUAUGGCAUCUAUGCCUGUGAUGGUUGUGCUGGCUUCUUCAAGCGCAGCAUCCGCCGCUCCCGCCAAUAUGUCUGCAAAUCUCAGAAGCAAGGACUCUGCGUGGUGGACAAAACUCAUCGCAAUCAAUGCCGUGCCUGCCGUUUGCGCAAAUGUUUCGAUGUGGGCAUGAACAAGGAUGCAGUGCAGCAUGAGCGAGGACCACGCAACUCAACAUUGAGACGCCACAUGGCCAUGUAUAAGGACGCCAUGAUGGGUGCCGGUGAAAUGCCUCAGAUUCCCACAGAGAUUUUGAUGAAUACAGCUGCUCUGACUGGUUUUCCGGGUGUACCCAUGCCCAUACCGGGUGUACAGCGUCCUCAUCCCACACAUCCGGCCCUGAAUGGUGGCUUUCAAUCGCCUGCCGCCGCUGCUGCUGCUGCCGCUGCUGCUGUGUUGGAUCUUUCUGUGCCGCGAGUGCCCCAUCAUCCAGUGCACCAGGGACAUCAUGGUUUCUUCUCUCCCACUGCUGCCUACAUGAACGCUCUGGCCACAAGGGCUCUGCCUCCCACUCCGCCACUGAUGGCUGCCGAGCAUAUCAAGGAAACGGCUGCCGAGCAUCUGUUCAAGAACGUUAACUGGAUUAAGAGUGUGCGAGCCUUCACCGAACUGCCUAUGCCCGAUCAAUUGAUGCUGCUGGAGGAAUCGUGGAAAGAGUUCUUCAUUCUGGCCAUGGCUCAGUAUCUUAUGCCCAUGAACUUUUCCCAGCUGCUGUUUGUCUACGAGUCGGAGAACUCAAAUCGUGAGAUUGUUGGCAUUGUGGCCAGGGAAGUCCAUGCCUUCCAGGAUGUGCUCAAUCAGUUGUGCCAUUUCAAUAUCGACAGCACGGAAUACGAAUGUCUGCGAGCCAUCUCUCUGUUCCGUAAAUCGCCGCCAGCUGCCAGCUCAACAGAGGAUCUGGCCAAUAGUUCGAUUCUUACCGGCAGUGGCAGCCCCAAUUCGUCGGCCUCGGCAGAAUCUCGGGGUCUCCUGGAGUCCAGCAAAGUGGCCGCCAUGCACAACGAUGCUCGCAAUGCCCUACACAAUUACAUUUCGCGCACUCAUCCCAAUCAGCCGCUGCGCUUCCAGACGCUCCUUGGCGUCGUCUCGCAAAUGCAUAAGGUCUCCAGUUUUACCAUCGAGGAGCUCUUCUUCCGCAAGACCAUUGGUGACAUAACCAUUGUUCGCCUCAUCUCCGAUAUGUACAGUCAGCGCAAGAUCUAAAUCAGGAAAUGGAAUACAAGAAAACAAAUUUGCCGUCGGCCAAGCAAAAUGUGUAUAUGCAAAAUCCGCGCACUUGAAGUGCCUUUGUAGUGCUGGGAACUGUGAUAAAUCUUCACAGAUAUACCGAUAUAUAUCUUUAUGUGGAGGAGCUGGAGGCAAGCACAGCUUUGGACAAUAUUCAACAGUGAAAGCUUACAUAGAUAAUCUCAAGGAGUUCAGCCUUAAAUAUAUCCCAUUAAGUCCCAAAUUCUAAUAAUUAAGCCACGAAGUGAUUCAAAUUGCAUUCGUCAAAGUUUCAACUUUGUUUUUGUUAAAACUUAGUCGCUUAGCUCAUAAUGUACAGUUAAAAACAAAUUAAUAUUAAGUUCUUUAUCCUUAUCCAUUAUACAGAAAGAGAAAACAAAAC